CAACGUAGUACAAAUCUCCUCGGCUCGUCCACAGCGUCAGGCAGGCAGUCCAUCCUCAACCUUCAGUUCUUCAAAGCACCUUACCAAAAGAACCAUGGCUGCCAAAACCACCUCAUGCUUUACUUUCCUAACGGAAGCGCCGAUCCUCCCCACGUUAAACCCCAAGCUCUUCACGCCCUUGCUCCUCCUCUUUGCCGCCGCCGCCUUCCUAGACGACAUAGUCAGUUUCGUGUUCGUCCAGCCUCUCGCCGACGUCGUGGCCGGCCAUGUCUCCCCGGUCAACAACACCGACUUAUCGAGCGCCGAAUACGCGGAGCUCAUGGAGAUGGGGAGGCCAUUAUUGCAAGACGGUAUGAAGCUCAUCCUCAUCGCCGUCUCCAAGGUGAUGGUCGCCCUGGCGGUCGGCUUCGUCAAGAAGAUCCUCUUCCUCUUCGCGGCCUCCACGACCUACUCCGGCUACCGCUACUCGCUAGCCGAGCUCCUGCGCGAGCUGGUCAAGGGGAGGAUCAGCCUGAAGGGCCCUUCCAUCACCAUCGCCGUCAUCGACGCGCUUGACUUCGCGUCGGCGGUCCUGGCCGCGCUGAUUCCCGCUCCCGCCCUGAUGGGCGGGCUCUCCGGGGUGCUCUCCGUCAAGGGUCUCGUCUACCUCAUCGCGCUCCUCACCUCCCUCUACUUCACUGCCGUGGCGUUGGUGGGCGUCGCCGCGUCGGUGGUCGACAGGCGGUGCCGCGGCGUGGGGGCGCUCCGGCAGGCGUGGCGUCUCGUGACGCUGGUGAGGAGAAAGGAGGGCCUCCUGCUGGUGCUCGUGGCGCACUUCGUGCCGACCGUCGUGGCUCCGCUGUACCGGGUUGCUCUUGUGUAUGCGAAGACGAGCAUGGCGCUGUGCUUGUGCUCGCUGGCUAUGCAUGCUUUUCUGUCCUGUGCGCUGCAGCUCUUCUCCUUGACGGCAGCCACGGUGUACUACUACCAAGCCAUGCAAAGCAAGGAGGUGAUCAAUGCCUUGUGGUUAUGUUAGAUACUUACUCCCUCCGUUCUAAAAUAGAUGACCCAAUUUUAUACUACUAACUUUACAAAGUUAGUAUAAAGUUGGGUCAUCUAUUUUGGAACGGAAGGAGUAGAUCACAUUCCUUCGGUCCUUCCGGGAAAGCAAGUGCCUCUCAUUCAUCAAGUGGUUAUGCGCUAGUCCUGGUAGGUCUCGUUUUUUUAUCCAAGUUGGUUAUAAUGCUAGAGGGGUCUUUGAUUUCUCGUGCGACAAUUUGUACUGUCUUUUAUAGCUGCAAUGUAUACUAGUCAGUUGUACUCCCUCGUAUCAAAAUACAAGACAUUUUUAGGCUAAUUUUGCCUUGAAAAUGUCUUAUAUUUUGGUACAGAGGUAGUACACACUACAUCAAAGAAUAUACGUCACCGAGUAUAAAGUUG